GUACCUACGUUCGGGAUCGGCAUUCCUUUUUUACUCUUCUCGUGCACAUGCGUGCAAUGUAUAUUCGGCGAUAAAAGCAUUGGGCAUCCGGCGUCAACAAUCAACCGUUCAACGAAACAAAUGAUGAGGAAUAUGAGAGGAAGGGGCGGACCUAUGAGGGGUGGACUGAUGCGACCGCUGGCACCCAUGGGAGGGCCUUUCAAGCCUGGACCACCAUUCAGAGCCUUUAUUCCUCAUAUUCCAUUUGAUCUUGUACAGUGCGAAUCCACAUUUCCAAAGACGAAAACUACCUCAGAUGAAAAAGUGUUUACAGAUUGUCUGCUGAAGAGAAACAAUGACAUGACCCCAUCCUCUCAGGAGCAGGCCUCCAUCCUGGCUCUGGUCACGAAGAUACAGGGGGUCAUGGACAGUUUGGUCCUCACCCCAAGCUCAUUUGAACCAGCGCAAAUUGAAGAAGUGCGACAGGUGGGGUCCUUUAAGAAAGGGACGAUGAUGACGGGGAACAAUGUGGCGGACAUCGUGGUGAUGCUGAAGACGCUUCCUACAAAGGAAGCUGUAGCUGUCCUGGGUAACAAAAUCGUAGAGGAUCUCCGGACACAGGACCCUGAUGAAGUGCUCACUAUGCUCACAAAUGACACGGGAUUUGAGAUCAGUUCAUCAGACGCCACGGUCAAAUGUCUCAUCACUACCAUCCCCCCCAAUCUAAAGAAACUCGACCCCGAGUUACAUUUGGAUGGUAAGGUCAUGCAGAGCCAUCUAGCGGCCAUCCGUCACGCUCGCUGGUUUGAGGAGAACGCAUUUCAUUCGAGUAUAAAAGUCCUGAUUCGACUCCUGAGGGAUUUGAAGAAUAGAUUUAAGGGAUUUGAACCUCUGACUUCAUGGAUCAUCGACCUCCUGUCUCACUAUGCCAUCAUGAAUAAUCCCACGCGACAACCACUGACCAUCAACAUCGCCUUCAAGAGAUGUCUGCAGUUAUUGGCUGCUGGUUUCUUUCUCCCGGGGUCGGUGGGAAUCACAGAUCCUUGUGAACAAGGGACGGUCAGAGUUCACACCGUGAUGACACUUGAACAGCAGGACAUGGUGUGCUUUACAGCCCAGACGCUGCUCCGAGUCCUGACCCAUGGAGGAUUUAAACAGAUCCUAGGCAUGGAAGGAAAUUCAAGUAUCGCCACAGAGAUGAGUGUAUGGGAGGGGGUGGUGGUCACGCCCUCAGAUAAAGCGUACGAAAAACCGGAGAAACGGGAGGGAGAGGACGAGGAUGAAGACGGCGACAUGGAAACGCAAUGAUCACCAUAGCAACAAUGCCAUCAAAAUGUGCCCUAUAUAAAAGGUCGAGUACUAGAAACUGCAGAAGAAAUGAAUAUUUAACAGCGAGGACAACAGCUGGAGAAAUGAAUGUUUUACUAACAGAUCAGCUGAUACAAAAACAGACUGAAAAAAGAGGGUGUGUUGUGGAGAGAGAGAGAGAGAGAGAGAGAGAGAAUGGUGUCAGUUUAGGGAGUUUUUUAUGCGUUUUUUUAAUUUUUGUAAUUAUUUUUAGCUACAUUAGCCAUGUGUUCAUAUUUCCAUUUUGUGACAGUAUUUUUGUCAGAAUUAUUGGGUGACUCUCGAUGAACGAACAAUACAGAAAUCGUUAUAUUGAUUGGAUAGAAACUCCACAUCUCUUGUGGAGUACAUACAACCCAGUUCUUCAUAUUCAGUUCAUCAAUUCAUCAUAAGCAGGGAAUGAAGAUCGUUAUAAGCAGGGAAUGAAGAUCGUUAUAAGAAGUAAUUCGUUAUAAGUAGUAAUUCGUUAUAAACAGUAAUUCGUUAUAAGUAGUAAUUCGUUAUAAGCAGCAAUUCUUUAUAAGUAGUAAUUCGUUAUAAGCAGCAAUUCUUUAUAAGUAUCAAUUUGUUUUAAGCAGUAAUUCGUUAUAAGCAAUAUGUUGGUUGAUGUACAUAAGAUAUGAUUAACUCAACAUAUGACUGUAUGUGAAAGUUCUUGCAAAAGGCAGCUGGUUUGAGAAAACACAAGAAUUGAAUUUUUUGAAUUUGAAUUUUAUAUAAAUUCAAGUUAAUAAGAUCAUGCUUCUUUUGAUUUAAAUGUACAUGUAUUAACAAUAUAAUUUGAUUAAAUGCUUCAAACAUAA